AACCGUAGGAUUAUUUGGAAUUUUGGUACGUUGACUCACUUAGCUGAUCUCUGCUGUGCGCUUCUCAUUUUGUCAGGUGACAUGCAUUAUUUAGACGAGUGCAGAACGCUCCCUUGUACUCAAUAUAAUACAUUUUUAAUGGCUAAUGAUUAUAUAGAUAAUCUCAUACAAGGGAGCAAAUUGUUUCCCUUUGGUUAUCAUUAUACAUUUAACUUCUGAACAAAUUAAAAAUGAAAUCGUCAUCCCUGUCACAUGGGCAGGAAAACAAAGGCUUAUUAAGAAUUUGCUUUUCCCCUGGUGAACUGUAUUAUCAAUAAUCAUUGUAGCCCAUAAUGUAUGUGGUUUGGCAUGACAUAUUAAUUUGUGCUGAUUUGUUGGUGGAGGAACCAUUACCAUUUUAGGUUAGCUCUUUUUGCUUUUUUCCCCCUCUCUUAGGGACUUGCAGUAGUCACAUGCCCUCUGUAAAAGAGUUUGCAUUAUGAUAAUCACACUGACCGAUGUGGACUAAAAAGCUCAUAAAAAUUAAAAAUAAGAGGCUGAGUUCUUCCUGUUACAAAGAAAGCAACAUUUCCUCCCUCAGUCUUUUAGUCUCUACCUCAGAGAACGUAUAAUUGUAAGUACUUUCUCCUGUCUUUGAAAUGUUUAUUAAUCCUUUUGGGUCCUUUGUCAGCUUUAGGAUUUAGGGAUGUCUUCCUCCAGGGUCUGGAAGCCAUCCCUUUGAAAUAUAAGCCUCAAGGGAGACAGCAUCCCAGACUCCGAGUUUCUCUGGGAGCAUAGGCAUCUAAACAGAGCCAAGAAACCCCAAGGGGCAGGGCUUAUUCAAAUUCCAAGGCCCUUUCCUGUCACUGAGAUAUGAGAAGCUUGGCUCUGCUCCCAAUAAAGCCAGUUAGCUCAGUGGUUCUCUACCUCGGGGCCACACAGGGGUCACCUAAGACUACCGGAAAUAUUUAUGCUGGUAUUCCUAACAGGAGUAAAAUGACAGUUAUGAAGUAGCCAUGAAAAUAAUUUUAUGGUUGGAGGUCACCACAAUCAUACAGUGAAGAACUGUAUUGAGGGGCUGUGGCAUUAGGAAGGUUGAGGACCACUGGGUUACCUAAUGCAAAUGGCCACCCCAGUCACCAGGUACAUUUGGGAUGAAAUGUGUGACAAGUGGUACAGCCAGGCUUCUUACUUGGGGACUUAUUAUUGCUUAUCUUGAAACUGUACAUAAUUACAGGUAUUUGCCUGGCAUAGAGCAAUAUGAGAUAACAUUCGUUUUUUUGUAUCUGCUGGCUGUUACUUGGAUGUAUUUAUAUUACAUGCUGGUUUCAUGCUUAGUCAGUUAUAAAAAUGUUUUCUUUCUUUCUUUUUUUUUUUUAUCACCUCUAUGGAGAGGGUUCCCAGGUGUGGAAGAUUCCCCUUUUAAUUCUCUUUCGACCGGUGGGUGUGUUCUGUGGUUGUUCUGUUUCUCGCCUUCUUUAAUCAGAUGUGCAUUUCAGAGAGAAGCCCAGUGGCUAAAAUCACAAAGGAUUAGAUGUAUUCUGCACCACAAAACAAACAAGCAAAAACAGAGCAGGGAGGAAAAAACAAAAAAACAGAAAGCAAGACCAUGUCAUUAGCAUUUUCUGUUUUCUGCAGAAGACCUGCUUUCCAAAUUCAACUGUGAGAGCUAUUGUGAAGACGCCGGGAUUAUUGGUGGGGAGAAGUGAUGUGUAUCACUUUUUUAGAAUUAUUACUCCAUCUCGUCCAGUGGACAGUCUGUUUUAGGCUAACUUUUAAUCUAUGAACGCUUUAAGUAUUCAUCUUAAAUAUCACUCGCUUCCCAUUACAUUGUGGCAGGAACCUGCAAAAUGUUGAGUGUGGCAUUGCUAAGGCAAAGGUGACUGGUGGCACAGGAAUGAUUUAUGCCUCUUGGAAUUGCAGAGGUCUAAAAAUAGGGCUUGAUGUUACAUUAAUACGUACCGUGGUGCACAGUCACAAUAGGGUUAGAGGAGAUGGAGUUUCAUCCUCAACUCUCGGUUCCCUUGCCUUUGUGUCUGAAUCUGAAGCAAUGACUGAGUCAUUAGACAUCGCUCAUGUAUCACUUGUAUCAUUUCCUACCAGGAUAUAGCACCCUGUCUUGCCAGCUCCUUGGUGUUGAUGAAGAAACAUGUAGUCUGUAAAUAGCCAUUCUGUGCCGCUCUUGUUGCUGUUUUAAUUUGAAGAUUUGGAACUGGACGAUAAAGAGAUCGUUGCCUCUAGGUUCGGAUGGGGAUGAGUAAGAGAUACUUACAGAAGGCAACAAAAGGAAAGCUGCUGAUAAUCAUUUUCCUAGUGACCUUGUGGGGGAAAGCUGUCUCCAGUGCAAACCAUCACAAAGCUCACCAUGUGAAAACGGGAACUUGCGAGGUGGUGGCCCUGCACAGAUGCUGUAAUAAGAACAAGAUAGAAGAACGGUCCCAAACGGUCAAGUGCUCCUGCUUCCCUGGGCAGGUGGCAGGCACCACACGAGCUGCUCCAUCUUGUGUGGAUGCAUCCAUAGUGGAACAGAAAUGGUGGUGUCAUAUGCAGCCGUGUCUGGAGGGAGAGGAGUGUAAAGUCCUUCCAGAUCGGAAAGGAUGGAGCUGUUCAUCGGGAAAUAAAGUGAAAACAACUAGGGCAAACGUGUAAAACUCUUCAAGUUGGAAUGGAGAAGCAGAAAGAGGAGCUUUCUGCUGUGCCUGAUGACAGUUUUUGAUUUGCCACAUUCAAAAUUAUUCUGGCUCCACGCUGGAGCGGUAGUUAUGGCGAUUCCUAGUGUUGGUCGGAUUCUGAGGAAGGGACAGACGUCCCCUUGAGAAGUAAAGAUUCAAAAACAACUCCAGAAAUGAGCGCCUGUCUCCGUUCAUUUCUCACAGAGCAGCAGGUAACCCAUUAACCACACAUAAAUCAAGCAAUCCUCAAGGCUGGGUUCAUGGAGACACACGCAUAGAACCUUGACUCCUGUGGUGAUCUUGAAGAUUUUUAUACCUCUUAGAAGAGGGGCUUUUAAGCCUGUUCGAAGGGAUUCCAUGACUUGUUAUCAGCUUCCUAUUGAAACCAAGACUUCGCAAAAGUCUGAUGUGAACUUCCUGUCCUGAAGACUUUGUCAGAUGUGAACUGCUCUUGGCUCGUUACAUUUCUGAGGGAAGCAGACAGUGCUCUCCAUGAAGCUGGUGCAGAGCUGGUGUUUUGGGGGUGACACCAGAGACUGCCACCUGUCGGGUUCCUGGCUUCAGCUGUGACUGUUCUUGUUUCUGAAGCUGUCUCCCAAGUCCACUGUCCUGUCAUGGAUACGUUCCUGGGUCCUUUGUUCAUUGUCUAGUAGGACUGUACACAGCUUGGAUGACGUUUCCUUUGCGAACUCCUCUGGCAUGGCGUAGACUGAGACAAUUUUAUUGGUAUUCUAAUCUUGAAACUCUGAAAGCCUACAUAUUUUAACAUCUUACUCUUGCCUUUGUGAAAGGAAUGGAAGCAUUUCUCCAUUGAUAAUGGUAACCAUUGGCAAGUCACCAUGACCUGAAUACAUCAAUCAUAUAAGAAUGUAUAGACAUGCUGACAUGUUUCCCCAAGGCUAACCCAUGGCUGCCGCUCUCUGUCAUUUAAACAGAUAGCAGUUAGGAUUGGAUUCCCAUUCCCAUUGCACAGUACUCCGUACCUCCAGCACACUUUCCCAUGCAGUUCUUUUUUUUUUUUUUAAGUGUACUUUCUUUUUAAUGUUUCCCUUUUCUUUCCUUUACAGAAAUCAUGAGUGUGUAGUCAAGUUAGUAGGUAGCCUUCCAUUUAAAACAUGCCAGGGAUACCUGUGCUUUUCUGACUUCUCAUCACUUAUUUUUAUUUUAACAUUUUCUUAAACCAUCCUUUCUGUCUCAUUUUAACAUUGUCUCUUGCUCGAUUCCAAUGACUGCUUGAAUGCUUAUAUAUUUGUUCAGUCUGUGGAUAGAAAAAAUUGUUCAUUUUUCUUGACCUCAACGGUCUAAAAUACUUGCUUACCAUUUUUUUCCAUUCAAAUGAUUUCUUAGGCCAUUUUUUUUGCCCAUAUUUUCUUAGCCACAUGAAACUUGUGAUUUUUAGUUCUUCAGGAGAGUCUUACAAAUAUUUAAAGGCCUUAAACUUUGAUUUGCUUUUUUCUAAGUUGUUACAGAAUGUAUAAUUUUAUACUGCAUUUAUUUUGUUUCACUUGUGAUGUGGAAAGAGAGAACAGUGGGUACCACCAAGUAAUAAUACCGUGUAAACCUGUAGUUUGAAGGAAUGUAAAGGCAAGGAUUUUCCAUGUCUUAAUAAUUUCAGCUUGAUCAAAAGAUGCUUCACAGAUAAUCCUAUUAGAUGGUCCAUAAUUUUGGUAGAAGAGUGAAGGUAUUUUGAACUUCUUAUACUUUUAAAGCUUACUGACAAGGCCAGUUAACCUUAUGUUGGUUUCUGUGGUGGAGGCUCACAUGUUAUAGACAAUUUGGUGUUACUCUGUAACAAUAUUGAAAGAUUCAAACAUUAACCAGACCCUUUACUGGGAAGAACAACUGACAGUGUAAAAUCUGUUAAAAAUUAAAUUGGAAAACUAUAUUUUUAAAUAUUGAGCUGAAGUCAACUGCCUCAUGAAUAUGUGGAAUGAAAUGAUUCCUGCAUCCCUUUUAAUUGAGCAUAAAACCAAUUGGGUGGUUCCAAGUGGGUUGUGCAAUGGGUCAAGACUACACAGAGUCAAAAUGAAAGGAAUAACAGUUGUGCUGGAUUUUCUAUGUUGAAUAAAAUAUCAUUAAUUUCUUUGGAACAAAAUGAAAAACUAUAUCAUUUUGGACAUUAUGAAUUUAUCCUGGGUUUGUUUAAAACUAUGGAUCAUGCUUCUCAUUUUGAAAACGUUGUAAUUUAAAACAGCACUGGAAAUUCUGUAUUAUAUAAAAGUGUAAUACAUGCAUAUCGAUAGAAAAAAAUAAAUGGAAUUUCAAAUAUAUGAAUUAGAUUAUUCCCAGUAGAUUAACGUUGUGACUAUUCAAAAAAAGUGAAUAAAAUUGGAAUAUAAAAUUGACUCACUUUCACAA